CUCUUUUCCUGAAAUGAAUUCCAUCAAAGGAAAAACUAAAUGGACAUCUAAAUAAGGUGCCAUUACAGGCGUCAAAUCGAACUUAGCCAUUUUAAAAUAACUUUAAAUAAUACACAAUCUCACGAUAAGACCCACACAACACACUCAACCUUCUAGAAGGUAGGCUACGCUCUUUGUUACCUAUCAACACAUGGGGCAACUAAAUAUUCAUCAAAUGCUGUUUCUUGAAUCAGAAUGUAUUUGUUUUAUAAAAAAAAACAAAUAAUUUCGGGUGAGUUUACUGAUAAUUAAUUUUUAUAAGGUUAUUUUAAACAGAAUGGAGGCCAACUAUUGUAUUGUUCCUCCGACUAAUUUUAUAUGGUGUUGUGAUAUAAUUUCUAGACUGAACAACGAUAUUCAAUCUUUAGCUCAUGACUUACAAAUACUAUUCAAAUUACAACAGUGUUAUGUAGGGUUGCAGAAACAGUUUGAUCAACUUUACAGCCAACUGGAGAAGAAAUUGGAAGUUUUAAGCUCGAAAAAAGUUCAAUUGUCCAUUGAUAACGAACGGAUAACUCCAAUUCAUGUUGAAGAAUUUAUAAUUUUUAUUAGGAAAGUUUGCAAAUCUUUGAGCGAAAAUUUGCGAAACGAAAACGGGAAAGCAAGAUUCAUAAGUUACGUCAGAGGAUUACCUUUGAAAUCUAUAGUUGACGACCUUAUGAACUUCUGUUUCCAUUGCUCCCGAACGUUUUUGCCAAAGUUUUAUCAUCAUCAAUGUUCGCAAGUCUUCACAACACUGGCAAAUCAGCUUAACUAUUACGUAUUCCCCGAAGUGGAAUUCGUUGACAGUUUCGAGCAGUCUCUUAAGUACUUGACGUCUUCGUUGCCUUGCAUGAUUAACUUGCUGACUAUCGUCGACCUGUAUCUUUAUUGUCCAAAGUAUGACAGGAUCGAAACUUUGUGCAACGACCUCUUCACUACUACUCCGCCUGUGGAAGCAACGAAUUUCAUUCCUUUCAGGUUACUCAUGUUUCCUGAUUCACUGGAAGGCGAUUCCGAACUAUUUGGAGAUGUAGACUUCGAUUACAUAUCUUAUUGGGUGCCGAAAAUGGUCACUUACAUCAUGAGGAUGUCGGUAGUUCCGAGGAAGUUCUCUACCAUCAGCAGCCGUCCGCACGGAAUCCUCAACAGCAACUACAUGGUCUGCACAAGGAUUAGCCAGCAGGAUUUCGUUGCGGAAGGAUCGCCGGGCUACGAAAGGAAGAGGAUAGGUAAAAGGAGAGGAUAUGUUUUAGGAAGAAGGAGGUCGUUAAAUAAUAAAGUUUAAUAUUCAGAGU